CGUAUUGUUUCGUGGUGAACACACACACACGCUCUUGUGCAAGAAAACGACAGCGUCGGCGCGACGCCAAUUGAAAUCAGGGGAAAAAAGUAAAAUUGUGUGGGCGCGUCUUGGCUUCGAAUGUGAAAACCGUCAAACGCAUAAUAUCAAAGAAAACAACAAUAAACUUGUUAAACAAAUGAAAUUGUGAAUUCUCAAUUAUAUUGGAAUAUCGAGGGAUAAUUGUUGAUUUUUUGACGGUUAUACUUGGCAAAGUGUUCGUGAAUGUUUUUAAGUGCAGUUUGUAUGGGAAUGCAAUAGUUGGAGUAGCAGUUGAGAGAAACGGACGUUUUAAGAGCGGGCGGUUCCCACGUCCCAGUGCAACAAGUGUCAUUAAACGUGAAAUAUCAGGAAUUGUGUGGGUUGGCACAUUUUUGAUAAAAUGGGGUGCGCUGUGAGCACCACCGGUGAAAAAGAAGCAGCUGAAAGAUCUAAGAAAAUAGACAAGGAUUUAAGAGCCGAUGGAGAACGCGCUGCCAGUGAGGUCAAGCUCCUGCUACUUGGAGCUGGAGAAUCCGGAAAAUCGACGAUAGUAAAGCAGAUGAAAAUAAUUCAUGAGACUGGUUACAGUAGAGAAGAAUGUGAACAAUACAGACCUGUUGUUUACAGUAAUACAAUUCAAAGUCUCAUGGCAAUAAUAAGAGCCAUGGGACUACUUAGAAUUGAUUUCGCCGAUCCUAGUAAAAAGGAAACGGCGAGACAAUUUUUCAUAUUGGCAUCAGCAGCAGAAGAAGGGGAAUUAACACCGGAUCUUGUGAUGAUUAUGAGAAAACUUUGGCAAGACUCGGGCGUGCAACUUUGCUUUACACGAAGCAGAGAAUAUCAGCUUAAUGAUUCGGCAGCUUAUUAUCUAAAUGCUUUAGAACGUAUUUCUCAACCUAGUUAUCUUCCAACACAACAAGAUGUCUUAAGGACGAGAGUUAAAACAACCGGAAUUGUCGAGACGCAUUUUUCUUUUAAAGGACUACACUUUAAAAUGUUCGAUGUCGGUGGUCAGAGAUCAGAGAGAAAGAAAUGGAUUCAUUGUUUCGAAGGUGUGACAGCAAUAAUAUUUUGUGUCGCUCUCAGUGGCUACGAUUUACUUCUAGCCGAAGACGAGGAAAUGAAUAGAAUGAUUGAAUCAAUGAAACUUUUUGAUUCUAUAUGCAACAAUAAAUAUUUCGUUGACACAUCGAUAAUUUUGUUCCUCAAUAAAAAAGAUCUUUUUGAAGAGAAAAUAUUGAGAAGUCCAUUGACAAUAUGUUUUCCGGAAUAUAAAGGUCGCAAUACAUUUGAGGACUGUGCGUCUUACAUCCAAAUGAAAUUUGAAAAUCUAAACAAGAGGAAAGAUCAAAAGCAAAUUUACACGCAUUUUACAUGCGCCACUGAUACCAAUAAUAUUCAAUUUGUUUUUGACGCUGUGACCGAUGUUAUUAUUAAAAAUAAUCUUAGUAAUUGUGGACUUUUAAGUUAAAAUCAAAAAGAAAAAUAUUUUGUACAAAAGCAAAUUUUUCCAUUGUUUUUAUUAAUGCAAAGACUGCAAAGAAACUUAAAUGAUUUUGCAAAAGAAAAAUAUUGUCUCUCUCUCUCUCUCUGUCUUUCUCUUUUUAAACUGUACAAAAAGAAGAGAAGUAAAUAUCAAGCAUUUAGUAAAUGAAUGAAAGCUCAUAAUAAGGUAUUUAAAUGAAAGAAUUAAUUAAAAUUAAUUUCUAUUUUGUAAAUUGAUUUUUGGAUUUUAAUCUAAAUGACUGAAGUUUUUCUUGUGGUCUAAUUGAAUUGGUGCCAAUUCCAUUUUAUCAUCUUCAUAAUUUAAAAGGCACACUUUUAGAUGUGUAAUAUAGUUUUCUUUUCACAAAAAUGCACUGUAAUCUCAGAUAUUAUAAUUAAGAUGAAAUGAGCUUUGACUCAUUAACUUGCCUCACAAUAUUGUGCCUUUCUUGACUCCGUACAAUGCCUCGAGAGUUCACGUGUAUUUAUACUUUUUAUACGAACUAAACGAAUGUUUUUAUCAUUAUAAGAUAUUCAUAUAAGCUUAUGUUUUAUUAACAUAAACUUCCCGAGGGAAUGUAUGACUUUAUACAAUUUUAAUAUAAGAAAUAUCUAUAUAUUAUCUAUACACACACAAAUAAAAAAAAAAACUUUUCAUAA